GUUUUAAAACAAUAUUUGUUCGUAUCUUUAUUUUGUUGGAGGAAAAUCCAUGUGUGCGCGGAUCAAUACCAAAGUGUGGUUGAUCGGGGAAGCGGCCAAAUUUCAAAAUGGCGACUUCGCACUGUCGACUGCUCGUGUUUUUGCGGAAGAGUGCAGACGCCGUACCACAAAAGGCGAAUUUUACACAGUGUAUACUGGAUUAUUUUGGAGCAAGCGGAAACACAACGAGUCUUAGUUGUUCCCUGGAUGACAACAAACUGGUGGUGUCUCAGCCAAACAAUACAUCAGAUGGCAUCAUCAUGAAGCAUCCUCCAUUCUGCCCCUUGCACAACCUCCAAUCAGACCAAGCCGCUGACAUUCCAGAGAGCACACUGCAUCGUGGGAUAGAUGUCGGAGUUGCAACCCUCCUGUGGUCGUCAGAUCGCAAGCUGCUCCUGACGAGACGAGCUGCCAACCUCAAGACAUUCCCCGGUGUUUGGGUUCCUCCAGGAGGCCACGUUGAGCUGAAUGAAACGCUAACAGAGGCAGGGUUAAGGGAGUUAAUGGAGGAAACCGGAUUGGAACUCAAAGUUGAAGACUGCAAGGAAACAAGGACAAUAGCACUAUGGGAGUCUGCUUAUCCGCCCAUGCUUUCUCAUGGACUGCCAAAGCGCCACCAUGUGGUCAUUUACCAGACAGUUCAGGUGUCGGAGGACCAUCAUGCAUUGCAGCAGCGGCUCAAACUCCAAGUCAGUGAGGUCGGGGCUGCCGUGUGGCUGAGCGAGAAUAUCGUCCAUGCCAUCGGCUUCAGAGGUUCUGACGAGACUGAUGGAGGGAGGUUACCUGAUGAUAUGCCAGAGUCUAUAAGAGCUACAGUCGUCCAUCCCGACACUCAAGAGCAAGUCCAGGAAGACAUCCCCACGUCCAUGCUCUUUGAAACAGCCCCCUCUAUUGGCCAAGACACAGAGAGGAUAAGCACUGGCACCAAGUUUGCCAUCGAGCAGUGGUGCCGUCUGCACCCAAAGGACAGCUGACACUGACAGUGAGCAACUGCAACAACAACAGUUCACCAAAGUCUCUAGUUGUGUUUUAACCAAAACUCUUGCAAAAACAAUGGAAGUAUCAAGCUUGGGAGUUUCAAUCCAGACAAUUACAGAUCAAUAACAAGUCAAUCAAAAGUCAGAUAACAAGGAACGGAGGCAAACUGGGACCUGAAUGCAGAAAAACAUGCAAAACGACAUUAGGCCAACUUUACUGACUCUUUAGCUGGCAAAAUUCCCUCCUAAAUUUCGAUAAGGCAAAGACAACUUUCUCAGUAUUUCACCAGCCAAGUUUGAGGUCUCAAUUCAAGUUUGUAAAGGAGACUGUUCGUCAACAUAUUGCACCUGAGAGUGAAGCCGAGUGGUUUGAAUUUGAAGCCCAAGACUAGACUGGUACAUGUCCAACUUUUUGAAAAGAUUUACAUGUACUGUUAAAAAGUCUGGUGGCUUGACAAUUGGGAAUGUAUAAAAAUAGACGCUCGGUACCAGAUGUUUCUUUUGACUUCUCUUACUAAGGAGUCUGAGACAGUGUGUGGACUGGUUGUUUCAUGUGCCAGUCUAUUAGAUUAGAUUAGCAUGAUUUUAAUACCUUAAGUUUUGGGACUCAUACACAGUAUUGUGUAAGUCCCAAUUUUGCGACAGGAAAUUUGUGAAGUUUGUGAUUCUUUGUAAGACCAGAUGUCUUGUGAUUGACAUGGAAUGACUUAUUCCUGACUUAAUUACAAUGCUAUUGAACUCUGAUAGGGUAGUUAAUGAUGCAGUUUUAUACUUGACAUUAAAAUAAGAAUACAUGUAUAUUGAAAGUGAAAUACCGUUAUUCCAAAAUACUUCCCAUAGAUGAUUGGAAACAUUACAUAGGUGGCAGCACACAGGGGUACAUUGAGCUGCCCAAAUGCGUUUUCACCAACAAUUUUAGAACUUGUGCAAAUUGUGUUUAUCAUACUAGUUUGAAUCUUAUUCUAGUUAAACUGCGUUUACAAUAACCAAAAUAUUCUUAAAUUACAGAGGACUUAUAAUUAAUUACAAUGUAUACCACAAAGGGCCAACACCCAUCACAAAAUCUACAAUGUAAUCAAUAUCUUGAGUAGGUGUGUUAAAGAUUUAUAUGACAGAAUUAUUUAUUUAACCAAUAUGCUGUAACAAAGAACUAAUGCUGUAAUGUCGAUUGUAUUGAGUAUUUUGGUAUUAAAACUUAACAUCUACGCAAAUGACA